AUGGUGGUGGCCACCAAGGCAACCGCCUUCGGGGUUGUGGUGCUUUGGCAUCAGCAUUCUCAGCGGACCACUCCUGCCCAUCUUCUUACUUGUCACAUUCCAUGCCCCGACGGGGCCAAGACUGGCAUUCACAAGUGUAGGAGCCUAGGUUCCGUAGAAACCUUUAUGACCUGGAACCUGCACAAAGGAACUGAUUCCAAUAAAAAGAAGAGUCAGGACUCCUUCUGCAGGGUCUCAAUCUGGAAUCAGACGCAGUUGAUAAUGCCAGGACCUCAAGUCCAGAUGACUUCCAACACUUCCACUGAACAAUAUACCACCCCAACCUUAGACUACACUUACAGCUUUGAACCUGAAAGCUCUCUGUGUAACAUUGAAGAGGUCUUUGGCUUUGUCAGCAUCAACAUCUCUGUCCUUUAUUGCCUGGUGUUCUUCCUCAGCCUGAUAGGAAAUAGCCUGGUUCUGUGGGUCCUCGUAAGAUAUGAAAAUCUAGAGUCCAUCACCAACACCUUCAUUUUCAACCUCUGUCUCUCCGACCUGGUCUUCUCGUGCCUGCUCCCUUUCUGGAUCGCAGCCCAUCAUUUGGGGUGGAUCUUCGGGGACGUCCUCUGCAAGCUCCUCAACUUGCUUUUCUCCCUCAGCCUCUACAGCAGCAUCAUCUUCCUGACGGUGAUGACCAUCCACCGCUAUCUGUCCGUGGUGAAUCCCCUGUCCACCCUGCGGACUCACACCCUCACAUACCGAGUCCUGGUGAGCUUGGCCAUCUGGGUCACCAGUCUGGCGGCUGCCAUCCCGGACGCCAUUUUCCACAAGGUGAUGACGGAUUCCGAAAAGGCCGUUAACCCAGAGUUCUGCGAUUACUUUGAGCCCAAGUGGUUGUUGGUGUCCGUGUGUCAGCACAAUGUCUUCUUCCUGUUCUCCAUGGCGAUCAUCCUGUUCUGCUACAUCGAGAUCCUGAGGACCCUGUUCCGGUCCAGGUCCCGGCGGCGACAUCGGACCGUGAGGCUCAUCUUCGCCAUCGUGAUAGCCUACUUUUUGAGCUGGGCGCCGUACAAUGUGCUCGUGUUUCUGGAGACCCUGGUAAAAUUCUACAUCAUUCCCAGCUGCAGGGUUUACAAACAACUGCAGUACGCCCUGCACAUCAGCCGGGAGAUUGCCUUCUCCCACUGCUGUUUCAAUCCGGUGCUCUAUGUCUUUGUGGGGAUCAAGUUCCGGAGGCACCUCAAGUCCCUGUGCUACCGGUUUGGGCCCUGCAGCCAUAGCCCCGCCGGUGCCAGCACUCGCUCCACCUCCCAAGGUGUCUUCCCUUACGAGGAGGCCUCUUUCUACUGAAGGGAAAGGUGCUCACCCUGCUCCCUGGGAAAUGAAGUGGCUGAAGACACUAUCCCAUAUUGGAUCAUAAGAAAUGCCACGCUCGCUCAGACAACUCUCUGCCUCUGAUGGAGGUACCCAGAGAUGUUUGGAAGGAUUGGCCACCCUCCCUAGAAUCCAACUUUCCCAUCUCCAUCAAUGACACCGGCAUUCUCCCAUUCUCGGAAGCCCGGAACUUUGACCUCGGCCUGGAUGCCUUACACUCCUUCAUUCUCACAGUCAGUCUACUUCCAAAUCCUCCUGGUCCUUUGAUCUGCCCCUCCCUCUCCACCCGAGAAGCUACGGACUUUCUACAAACUCUGGUCAUAUCGCAGCGAAGCUAUUAUUAUCAGCUUCCUCUCUGGUCUCCCUAUCUCCAGCCUCUCCUCUCCCUAACCUGUAUGUACACUCCGCUGCAAAAAUCAUCUUCAUUUUCAGCCCACAUCUCUCUGUCCCUACAAACCCCUCACUGCCUCUCCUGUUCCUCUGCAUCAAGGAAAAACUCCUCACAGUUGGCUUCAAAGAUCUCUACCAAUCACCCCAACUUACCCUCUGCUCUCUUUAUCCUCUUUCUCGGAUUGGCUUUGUUCCUCUCAAGUUAACCAUCUAGCCGUACCUCGUUCUCAACUUUUCCACCUCUAUCCCUUCAGUCAUACUCUCCCCCCAAGCCGGAAACUUUCUCCCUCCCCAAAUCCAAUAAACCACAACCCAAGUUUUCGAUUACUUGCCAGCGCCCCACGUCACAUAAACCCAACGACCACCUUUAAUACUCAUCUACUUAUACUCAUCCUU